UUUUUUUUUAAUUUCAGAUUAUUGUUUCUUUGCUAUUUAGGCGAUAUUAUAAUUGAACGAUGGCUUCCCUAUAAAUCUCUAGCUCAACGUCGUACCAUUAUUCAACGUGCUGGUCCUCCUAUAGUGUAUCCAGAACCGCGUGUUGUUCAAGAAAAUCCUGCCGAUUAUAUAGCUCGUUAUGGAGCAUCACUUGUAGAUGCAGUAACACUUGUUCAACUGGCCCGUAAUGCUGGAGUUACUGAAGAUAUAUCGGUUCCGACAUCAUCAUCUUCAAUAUAUACAAGUAUGCGUGGAAAUACUGUUGAUUUUGAUCGGUCAAAUGAAACAAGUACACCAGGUUUUACAUUAUCAGGUGAAACUAGUCGUGAAGGAAUUCAACAAACUGGUGGUACACGAGUUACCAAUGUUAGUAAUGCAAAUUAUUCAUCAUCACCAUCGAACUUGCUUCGUGAUAGUGCUUUAGCUGCCAGUGAUACUGUAAUCCAAAGUGGAGGUUAUGGUGGUGACGCUAGCUAUAUCGUUACUGAUACUAACCGUAAUGAAUAA